AUGCUGCUGGCCGUGUUGUGUGUCCUGGCCCGGACGCCGAAGGCUGAAAGGGCCGACAAGGCCGAGGCCGGUAGAGACCGAUGCCAAGAGACCAGGGUCAAUCGAUGCUUCCCAAGUGCACUUGUGGUUCACAUCCAGGCGUUGCAACUUGCGGCAGAAAAGAUGAGCCAAUCCUGGGUGGUGGAUAUUGUCUCCGAUUUUGUGAGCGAUACCGUGAGCGGCAUCGCCGAUGGCGUGCAUGGCAUGCUGAACUUCGCCACUGGCUCGGACGAUGCAAGCGGCGCAGCGGCUGGGGUACAGGAAACGCAUUUGGUCAAGAUUGUGAUUGCAGAGUUGAUUGGUGCAGAAAGGACACUGGGCCUCAGAAUCGAAAAUCGCGUCAUCACAGCCUUUACCAAACCAGAGGCUGCACGCUUUGGCUGGCGCCUGGGUGACGUGAUCCAGGCAGUGGCCCGUCAGCGCACACCCACACAGGAGGUGCUACUGGAGAAGAUCGGAAGCUUCAAAGAGGCGCUACGAACGAAUGGCACUCCCAUGGAAUUCCUGGUUGAGAGGUUAGGCGCCAGACCCAACUGA